AUGACUCGCCAUGGAGAUUGGCUCAUGCUUUGUACCACCGGGACAGCUUCACUAACGUCGAUCUUCAGACUUUUCUCGAAACUAGAUCAUGCCACAUCUUUUUGCAGGGAAAUCCAGGAUGACGGAUGUGAGGCAAUGAGUGAUGACAUACUCACGCGGAGGGCGGCAGGGGUGCCGUUCAAUGUGUUUUCUGCUUCAGCUCUUUGCGAGGAUUCUACUCGCAUCAAGGACAGUGUUGAAGCUCCACCUGUGGAACAAGCUGGAUUAAGGGAUUUAGCGUGUGUACCAAAUCCCACGUUUUCUAGGGUUGUCGAGGUUUGCCGAUGA